AUGUGGGUUCAACAUGGACUUUCGGUCCUUUUCUCUACGGUAUUCCUCCUUGUUUUCGUAACCACUGCCUCAGCUUCCUCAGGUGGCAAAUUGAUCAACAGGGCUACGAGUUCAGAUGGUGUGGUAAGAGGUGUCAAUCUUGGGGGAUGGCUAUUGACCGAGAAAUGGAUCACUCCUUCAGUAUAUACUAAUGACGCUGAAGAUGAAUGGCAUCUGUGUGAAGAAUUGGGUAAAAAGAAAUGUCUAUCAAAUUUACAAGAUCAUUGGAGUUCAUUCUUCACAAAGAGUGAUUUCGAAGAUAUCAAAGCUGCAGGAUUGAAUUCAUUGAGAAUACCUAUUGGAUAUUGGGCAGUUGAUGUACGAGAUGAUGAACCAUAUGUAACUGGACAAUACCCAUAUCUUAUACAAGCGGUAUAUUGGGCACAGGAACUUGGUCUUUCAAUCUUAUUAGAUCUUCACGGUGCACCGGGAUCACAAAAUGGUCAAGACAAUUCAGGUCUCAUAGGACCUACAUUGUUCCCUACCAACACUUCAAAUGUAGAUAGAACACUGAAUGUCCUCAAAAAUCUCACUCAGGAGUUCAGUCAAGAUAUAUACGGUGGAACGGUCAUUGGAAUUGAAUUAUUGAAUGAACCUAGAUUAUCGAGUACGUUUACCAUGUCAGGAUUGAAAGACUUCUAUACUUCUGCUUCGGAGAUCAUUAGAGGAGUCUCGGAUACAAUCAAUAUUACAAUGCAUGAUGCAUUCUACGGACCACAGUAUUGGGCAGAUUAUAAUCCUUUAGCGAAUACCACUAACAGCAAUAAUCAUUUCACAAUUGAUACUCAUCAAUAUUACGCUUUCGAACCAUUAAACAAUUUACCUCAUGAUGUGAUAUUGGAGAAAGUAUGCAACGUAUCAAAGAUAUUGAAGUUGACGAAUAAUGGAUUAUUACCUAUUGUGGUCGGAGAAUGGAGUUUAGAGACUGGUCAUGCACCAAAUUCAACUAGUUCAACAGUUCAGAAUAAAGAUGAUUCACAAGCAAAACGUACUUGGUUUAGAUUAUUUUUCGAAUCGCAGUUAGCAGCGUAUUCACCUAAUGGACCUAAUCAACCCUCCAUAGGAUGGUAUUAUUGGACAUGGAAAACCGAUUAUGACAUUGAUACUUGGUCAUAUAGACGUGGUAUAGCUCAAGGUUAUAUACCGAAAGAUGUCAGCAAUUCAAGUACAUUGGCAUUCCCAAUUUUAGAUAAUGGAUGUGUGGAUUCGUCAUUCAAUUACACCGCGCCAAGAAAUCCUACCUCAACUGGUUUCAGAGACUUGUCAAGUAUCAGAGCAGUCAUAUGGGCGUGUUUGCUAGGAAUAGCAGGAUUUGUUGUACAGUUAUAG